AUGGACGCCCCCAACGCCCCCAACGCCGCCUCCUUCAGGCGCAAACCCCUGCCGGGCCCUCCGCCGGGUCCUCCGCCGCCGCCGGACUUCGACCCCUUUCCACAACGCCACCAGCCCCUCCGCGCCGCCCGGUCGACGCCGAACCUCCGGCGGUCCGCCACGCCGUCCAUCUACGACCCCCCGCCCGCGUAUGAGGAGUUCCCGGGAAUCGAUUCUCACGGCCAGCUCGCCGUCGCACCGCCCGCUCCGGGUCCCAGCUCUUUCGUCCCAGGGCCCCCUCCGGCCGAUGCGCGGCGGGAGUAUCUGGCCUACCGGCCGCAGCCUUCGUCGCCCUCGGGAUACGGCAGUGCGCCGCCUGAUCCUAGGCCGCACUUUGCUGGGCAUUCCGACGCUCCGCGUCCCGAGAUAUUGCCCUACCGGCCACAACCCUCGCCGACCUUUGCUCCUGAGAAGCAGCCUUCUUCCCCUGCGCCAUCCGGUUAUGCGGCCUACUCUCCUGGUCCUCCUCCUGCGGCCUCCCAUCCUGAGAAGCCACCUUACCAACUACAGUCGUCCUCGUCCUCGUCUUUUGGUCCAGAGAAGCAAUCUCCAUCCGCAACCUCCAGUAUUCACGGGGGAUACCUCCCUGGACCUCCUACAACCCCUCGUCCCGAAAAGUCACCUUACCAUCUGCAGACGACGUCCACUUCCUCUGGUCCCGAGAAGCAAUCUUCUGCCGCGCCGCCCAGUCCUGGGCCAUUCUUCCCUGGUCCGCCGAAUGCGCACACGUUUCCCGUGGCAGCGUACCGCCCUGCCGCUCCACCCACACCGUCCCCUUCCAGCAACGCGCCGUUCUUCCCCGGCCCUCCCACGACGGCAGAAACCUUUCCCUUAGCAGCCCAUCGGCCACCCGUCUCACCGGGCUACGCCCCCUCGGAAGCACCUACGACAGACUCCCAGUCCAAGGAGAAGUCCUUCUGGCAGACAGCCCUCGACGAGACCAAGUACUUCGCCGGCGGCCUGGUGAGCCACCCCUUCGAGUACACCAAGCACCACUCCAUCCUCCGGCACUCGAGCGCACUCGUCUGGUACCGAGGCCCGUCCACCUCCGUCACCGUCACCGUCUUCUCCGACGCGCCGCUGCCGCCCACGCGCACCAUCUGGCUCCAACAGAAGGGCUUCUCCGGCAACAUGGGCAUGAACCUCAAGUCCCUCGUCGGCGCCAACACGUCCUGGCUCGACGUCACGCCCUCGUCACGGGCGGCGCCCACGGACAUGGCCGAGGGCGACGAGAGGGGGUGCCAGCGCGACAUCAAAAAGUUCCUCAAAAAAGCGCCCAAGAACCUGGCGAAGCACCUGGCCAGGGAGACGCAUGUCGUCCGCAUCCCCGCCGCCGCCGACGACGGCUACUUUCGCCUCGUCCUCUGCUCAGGUGGCGGCGGCGGUGGCGACGGCAGCAAGAGAAAGGUCCUCUGCCCGAGCCCCGUCUUCCGCGUCGCGAGCACCUCGACGGACGCGAGCGUCGUCCGCGGCGCGAGCCUGGCGACGAUGCCCCUCGAGAUCGGCAUCAAGGCCGGCUCCGUCGUCGCGACGACCGUCGUGAACCGCUACAUCGGCCCCGCCGCCGCCGUCGUCCAGUCCCGCGCCAAGAACCUCUCCAAGGCCAAGUUCGUCACGAAGCAUGCGACGCACAUCGCCUACGCCAAGUCCGGCAUCGAGAAGUCGGGCAUCAAGACGCACGUCACCGCGUACGAGGACCAGUACGCCGCGACGCGGGGCGCCGGAUACGACGCCUGGCAGUCCGGCGGCGGCGGCGGUAGCGGCGACGGGUUCCAGGAGGAGGAGGCGCCGCCGGAGGUCAUCGGCCCCGACGACGGUCCCGCCGAGCCGUUCCCGAUCAAAUUCGACGGCAAGGUCGCCCGCGGCACGGGGCGGGGCGGCAUGGAGCUCGGCAUCCCGACGGCGAACCUCACGGACGUGCCGGAGGACGUCAGGAUGCGCAUGCGCGGCGUCUACUUCGGCUGGGCACGGGUCGUGCCCCGCAGGGGCCUCGCCGAGCCCGUGUCGACGGACUGGCACGAGAGCAUCAUCACCGUCGGUCCCGCGCCGUACGCGACCCCGCGCGUGGCGGCCAAGAACGUCGCGACGGUGCACCUGAUCCACGAGUUCGGCGGCGCGCUGUUCCUCGACUCCCGGCUCAAGGUGCUGGUCAUGGGCCAGCUGCGGGCCUCGGCGCCCGCGGCGGCCGGGUCCGACGCCGCGCUCGCGGCCUACGGCGCCGACGUGCUGCUCGCCGUGGCGAGCCUAAGCAGGGACGGCUGGUGCCCCGUCGAGACGCGCGAGAGGAUGCGCACGGCGCGGAGCGAGAUGAGCCUGGCGGACCGGUACGUCGAGACGCGGGAGAAGGUGCAGAAGCAGGUCGACCGCGUGCCCUUGCACCUGGCGGGCGUCAGGACCGAGGGCGCCGCGUUGAGGGAUCGCGCGUUUGGGAACGGGGGCAUUUGGAUCCCGAGGUGA